UGGCCACGGACAUGGCAUCAGGAGGCGAGAAGGGGCUGUGGCAAAAGCCGGGAAGUACAUGGGCGCAGUCGUACAUGCUCGCCGUCACCCUGGCCCUGGGGGCCCUGGCUCUCUGCGGCACCUCUGAUAAGAAAACUGAGCUCUGGAAAGAUAAAGUAACCUCCCUGAUGACACAGAAAGUUGCAAAGCAGAGAUGACUCUGCCUGGAACCCGAACAGAAAGAACAAAUGGCAUCUUGCCCCACCCCAACCCAGGAAGUGCAGUGAAGGCCCAGGAGAGCCGCGAAAAGCUGGCUGCCACCCAGAAAGUAGCUACACAGCGCCAAAAAGCCAGUAGCCGGGAGUCCCACCAGUCACAGUCUACACCACCGACAAAAAGGCUGCUAUCUCUUGCUGACAGGCCGGGCUGUUUGCAUCUGCGGCAGGCCCAGCCCGGGGGCUGGCCAGCUUGGAAAAGGGCCGGGGUACAUGUGCUCUCUCUUCUCUGGGUUCCACCUUCUACAGAGAUCUGCCAGAGCUUUCUAAAUGCCGUGAAAAACUUCUUCAUGGGCACGCUUGCCAAUUAUGAGGCUCCAAUUGAACCUUUCAACCCUGAUGUGGACAUGAAGGAUGCAGGGAUCCUGCUGAAGAAGCUGGUGGACCCUCCCCCCGAGACGAGCCAGGACAGCACUGUGGAGUUCACGGCAUGCAGCUUCCUUCGCUCCCACUGCUUACUCCUAGAGAGCUCCCCAUUCCAGAGACUAAUAAAGAAGAAAAAUAAGGGAGAUGAAUGAGAGAGAGAGAGAGAGAUAAAAGAAGGGAAGGAAGGACAGAAUGCGCUGUGGCCCUCUCUAGCUCCUUAUUACGGGGAGG